CUACUUGUUAUGUAGGCACUAUAAGCGGUCUUCGAUCACGCGAUUCACGCCACGUUUUUUUCUCGUCUCAUCGCCAAGUCUUUGGGCGAAAUUACUUUUCAGGUCCGGUGUGCUUGUUGAUGUGCAAUCAUGUCUAGGUACAGCCAACGACCCGAGAAUGCGUUAAAACGCGCCAAUGAAUUCCUGGAGGUCGGCCGUCCCGGCCGGGCACUUGAUACCUUGUACGAGGUAUUCAGGAACAAAAAAUGGGCCUACAACUGGAGCGAAAGCGUUCUGGAACCUAUUAUGUUCAAGUAUUUGGACUUAUGUGUCGACCUAAAGAAGUCGCAUAUCGCCAAGGAGGGGUUGUUUCAAUACAGAAAUAUGUUUCAGUCUGUAAAUGUUGGAUCACUUGAAAAUGUUAUUCGCGGCUAUCUAAGGAGUGCCGAGGAACGUACUGAAGCAGCCAGAGAGCAAUCACAACAAGCUGUGGUAGAUAUUGACGAUUUAGACAAUUUGGCUACUCCAGAGAGUAUAUUGUUAAGUGCUGUAAGUGGAGAAGAUGCACAGGAUCGUAGCGAUAGAACAAUAUUGACACCAUGGGUAAAGUUCUUAUGGGAAUCGUAUUGCCAAUGUUUAGAACUAUUAAGGACUAAUGCACAUGUCGAGACUCUUUAUCAUGACAUUGCUAAAAUGGCAUACCAGUUUUGUUUAAAGUACAACCGUAAAACUGAAUUCAGGAAGCUUUGUGAUAAAUUACGCAAACACCUUGAAGAUAUUGCCAAGCUUCCAGCACAAACUGUCAAUGUCAGUCUUUCUAAUCCAGAAACGCAACAAUACAAUCUAGAAACUAGAUUAUGUCAAUUAGAUUAUGCUAUUCAAAUGGAACUGUGGCAGGAAGCGUACAAAGCAACUGAAGAUAUACAUAAUUUAAUGACCUUAGCUAAAAAAUCACCUGUACCUAAAACAAUGGCCAAUUACUAUCAAAAAUUAGCCAUGGUGUUUUGGAAAGCAGGCUAUAAUCUAUUUCACGCUGCUGCUUUAUUAAAACUCUUCCAACUAAGUAAAGAAAUGAAAAAAAAUAUAACGCAAGAAGAACUUCAAAGGAUGGCAUCUAGAGUCUUGUUAGCAACAUUGGCUGUGCCCUUGCCAUCUGCUCACCCAGAAUUUGAUCGUUUUAUUGAAACUGAUAAGAGUCCUUAUGAAAAAGCUCAAAAACUAGCAGUUUUAUUAAGUCUACCUGCUCCACCCACAAGAAUUUCUCUUUUGAAAGAAGUUGUUCGCCAUAAUGUUGUUGCUUUAGCUUCUGAAGACUUAAGAAAUUUGUAUAUUUGGCUUGAAGUUGAAUUUCAACCUUUGGAGCUAUGUAAACGAGUCGAAGCUGUUACAGAACCAUUAAUUGGUAGUGGCAGUGAUUUAGAAGGAUAUGUCGCUCCUGUGCGCGAAGUUACUUUAGCUCGUCUUAUUAGACAACUUUCUCAAAUUUAUGAAACAAUAGAGUAUAAACGACUUUUGGAAUUAGCAUCUUAUUGCAAGCCGUUCCAUAUGGAACGUAUUUUAGUUGACUUAGUCCGCCAUAAUGAUAUGCAGAUUCGUAUUGACCACGGCAAAGGAUGUAUUCAAUUUGGAAUGGAUCUAUCUGAAUCACAACGUGAAGACAAACCUGAAGGACCAACUCUACAAUCUAUGCCCAGUGAACAAAUACGCACAUACCUUAUAAAUGUUUUCAAAGUAUUGUCGAAAUCUGCUAAUAUUAUAAACCCUGAAGCUAAUAAGGAAGAGCAUCAAAAAGUACAUCAAGCCCUUAUUAGAUAUCAUCAUGAAACCAAAGAUAAAGAACAUCAAAGAAUCUUAGCUCGCCACAAGAUAAUUGAAGAUCGUAAAGAAUACUUGGAGCGCUUAAACACAGUUAGGGAAGAAGAAGAAGCUCGACGUGCCGAAGAAAUUGCACGUGCAGCAGCUUUGGCUGAAAUGAGGCGAUUGGAAGCUGAGCGUGAAGAGAGAGAAAAAAGACGUCAAGAAGCUGAAAUGCAAGCAAUUAAGGAUCGUAAUUUCAAAGAAAAGAUGCAGCAGAUUUCGCAAACUGCUCAUGGCCAAAAAGUGUUAAAGAAGUUGAAUGAAGAUGCCCUUAAAAAUAUGGAUGCUGAUGAAAUUGCUGUUAAAGAAGCCGAAGAAUUAGCUAAAGAACGUGCAGAAUUAGUUCAAAAACUGAAAAACCGCAGGAAACAAAUGGAUUAUUUUGAAAGGGCCAAGAGAAUUGAAGAAAUUUCUCUGUUGGAACAGGCUUGGAAAGAGAAGCAAGUUCAUGAUAAAAAGUUUUGGGAGCAUCAAGAAGCUGAACGUAUUCAGUUGGCUAUUCAAGAACGUAAACUAGCUGAGCAAAACCGUGAAAGAUUGGCUAGAAUGAAACCUGACAUGGACAUAUUCUUAGGCGAACUAAAAGCUCGCCGUACAGCAGAAUUCCAAACUAAAAUAGAAGUAUUUGAAGAAGAAUUGGUUGUGAUACGUAAAGACCGACUGAAGAAGAGGAAGGAGGAAAGAAAAGCAGCAUUAAUUAAACAACGUGAAGAAGAAAAAAGACGAAAAGAAGAAGAAGAACGAUUGCGCAAGGAAGAAGAAGAACGCAAAAGAAAAGAAGAGGAGUCUAAGAAAAAAGAAGAAGAAGAACGUUUGGCUAAAUUAGCUCGUCAAGAACAACUGGAGAGACAAGCUGAAAUACAACGCAAAAAGGAAGAAGAAGUACAACGAAAACUGGAAGAGAAGAAUAAAAGUCUUUCGUCUACUGCAACCUCUUCGUGGAGAGGUGCCGAUAAGCCCAAAGAAGAUACGAAGUUCUUUGGAGCGAGAGAUAAAGAAAGGAGAGGAGAAGGUUUUAGUCGUACCAGAGAUGAUGGGCCACCGCCUGAGCGUCGUCCUGUAUUUAGCAGAGCCAAUGAUGAACGGAAAGGAGGAGGAGGAGGAGGUGGUGGUGCCUUUGGGGCAAGAGACAGUGAACGUAGUAGCUGGAGCCGAGGCGGUGGUGGUAGCUCCACUGGUGGCGCAUUUGAUAAAACAUUUAAAGACGGAGCUAGGGAAGGAGGUAGGUCAGCUUUCGAGAGAGAUCCAGCUAGAAAACGUGAAAUACCCUCAUCUACUACUGAUCAGGGUAAUUCGUGGCGUACCAGUCGUGCUCAGGAUUCAGAGGACAAACGGAAAGCAAAAUAAGUUUGAUAGCUGCAGGAAUAAUUCAUUGUUUCAAUCUGAUAUAUUAUUAUUUAUUUUUUCAUAUUAUUCAAAUGUAGUUAGUAUCAUUUUAUAUUUACAUUUAAAAAAUAAAAACAAUAAUUAUGAAUAUAUAGAUGAAUACAUUCCGUUUGACACUUAUAAAUUUUAAAAAGUAUAUCAUUGUUAUUUGAAGUAAACAUUAAAACAUAAUGUAAACUUAUUGAUAACAUUGAAAUACUCUGUUUUUGACUGUGAAAAAAAGGUUAAUUAACAGAGAUUUGAUUGUGUUAUCACACAUACAUGAUUUAUUGUAUUAUUAUUUAUGUUAAAUGUGAUGGUGUUCAUCUUUAUCAUGUUCACUGUUUUGAUUGUUAGUAGUGUGUUAGUUUUUAAGGUAAAAUAUUUGAUCAUGUCUUAAAACUCUUAUAAAAAAAAUUGUAUUAUACAUGUUUUCGUCCAGUAGGAACUACAAACUCUUAUUUUGAAGAUGUUUUUCUAGAUUCUUUAUGUUCUAUUGGUGAGAAAUUCUAAAUAUUUCUUGAAUUAUUACUCUGUUUCUCUACAACGCAAUACACUAUCAAAACAGCUGAGCCAUUAUAUAUUAAUAAUUUAUAUUAAUUUUAUUUCUCGCUUUACAAUAUUAAGAUUACACAUGUAGUUUAUUGGAUAUUGAAGUUCUUUGUUUUUUAUGUGAUAUUCAUAUUACUUAAACAAUAUUUGGUAUCAAACUUACCAAUCAUGAAAAAAUAAACAAUAAUGUAUAUUAUAUGUUUCGUUGUAAUACAAUUCAGUAGAAAAACGAAAAAUAAAUGGUUUUUAAGCUUAAAACAAA